GGAACUGAUCAUAUGCGAACUUUGUUUUGGUACUACGUUGUAUUAAUACUACGUCGGUGGCAAACAAGCAUACGGAGCGGUCAACGGUAACCAGUCUCCGUAGCCUAUGUACGCCUGCAACUCCAGAGGAGUUACAUGCGCGUUGCCGACCCUAAACCCGCCCCCCUCGUUGAGCUCUGGCAACCUUACUAACCGGCGGGAACACAAGUAACACAACACUAUGAGUAGGGUCUAGUGUUAUUUGGCUGCUGUAUUCUGUAAGGUGGAGGUACUUUCCCAGUUGGGCUCUGCUCUAGAUCUGGAAUGACAUCCACUGGCUGUGCCCUACCACACAAAGCGAGAUGUCAUUCACAAUGCCCAUACCUCUCUUAAAACUUAUAAUAUAUCGAACUUUGCACUCAACGCGUUUUUAACGGAAAUAUUCUUAAUAAAAUUGUUCAUUAUGCAUCAAAAACUAGCAUAAAAGUAUAGUACAACUCUCAGUGGACUCGCAUCAAGACCAACCUGUUUAGUUGUCUGGUGGCUUGCGCAAACAGCGCACGCGCACGUUCACCGCAUAAUUGCGCGCGAGUGUCUGUUUUGUUUACGAGUGGAUGAUCUUGUGCUAAAUAUUCUGUGAAAGAGGGGUGAUUUUGAGGAGUUCUAUUAGUUGAUGUCGGUCGCCGACACAACAUGGCGGCCCCGCAGCUGCGCCUGCUGCUGUGGAAGGACUACCUCGUGCGCAAGCGCAAAUUGAUUACGCUUGGCGGAGUGAUAUGGGCGACUACAGUAGUAUUCAGCCUCUACAUAGUCCGAACCAACGUGGACAACGUCGAUUACAAAACAUGUCAGUACGCGGCGCGCGCGCUGCCCAGCGCUGGGGUGCUGACCUUCCUGCAGUCAUUCAUCUGCAGCGUGAACAACGAGUGUCUGCCCAUGGAGGAGUAUGAUCAAAUACCCACAUAUGAAAACUCCACACUUACCAAGCUCCAACGUCAGUUCACUCCGCUCCUAUACAAUGAUUCGGUGCUUAAUGUGGCUGCCACUGUCCCAGACGCGUUGAAAUUGCUGGCCACCCUAGCGGACAUCGUUGAUGAACCCACCUUCGUCUCUAUUACUAGUACGUUUAGGGUCACUUUCCUUUAGAACCUUCAACCGACUGUAGAACGAUUUGUGUUAAAUGUGGCUGCCACUGUCCCAGACGCGUUGAAAUUGUUGACCACCCUAGCGGACAUCGUUG